UGACACGUUUGGCUCAAAAACAUUGCAAUUAUUAUCUAAUAUGACAACAAUAUUAGACUAAUAAUGGGUUUAUGAGUGAAUCGAUCAAUGUUUGCCUAUUUGUACACAAAAUGUAUUCAUUUAUGGCUUCAAUGCACUGAAUGUAUCAAUUGAUGGCAUAUUGUCUGUCAUUUAGUGUCGAAAUACAUCUGCGAAGACUGUAAACCCAAACCUGUGGUCAAGACGUCGACGAAGAAGGCAUCGCACAGUGUGUCCACUGUUUCGGUCCACACGAAGGCUGAGAAGCGGUUUGUGGCCGAAGAGUUGACAUCUAUUAAGCCAUUGAAGGGUCAAAGGGUUGCCAAAAGUGCGACACAACUGAAGGCCGAGAAGUUGAGGAAAAACGCAGAAAAGGCACGAAAACAGAGGGAAAGGAGGGCUGCGAUGAGACUUCGGGCGGAAGCCAUCAAACACAAGACUAUCACUAAUACCACUAAAGCAAAACCCUCUAAACCGACGGAAAGCACCGCAAAGUCAGUGAAACGUAAGCUAUCGCUGAGCGAAGAGGAGAUUGAUUCGGACGAAGACAACGCCAACCACUCGCAGCUCAAGUGCUUACAGGACGGCCUCUCGCAGUACUUCACUCCAUCCAAUCGCCGCAAAUCCCGCAACAGCUUCACUCUCCCCGAAGACUCCCAGGACUCGGACUCUCAGAACGAAGAACCGAUGAAACCAAUGAAAGCGUCCAAAGAGGAACCGAUUCAGCCGACGCCCAAGAGAUCUGUCAAAAGACAGACUAAGAUCACGGAGUUUACGAUCAAAAAGGUGGUGCCGGCGACCACUCCAUCCAGAACUCAGAACGUAUCAAAGAUCAGUCGAAUGAGUGCCAGAAAACGACAAUCACUUCCGCAGAAGAAGCAAUCGGUGACGAAGAGUCCGCGACCCGUCAGGACUUCAGUGCUCGUCUUACCCAAAGUGACGCCAUUAGCCAUAUCACCCCCAAUGAGAACCCUUCCCUCUAAUAUCCCCACCGAAGCCGACAAAGAGAUGUUUAAGAAGGCGCAGGAAGAGGCGGAACAGCAGUUUGUGACCACUAUUCUGACGCCUUUGAAGAGACAGCCAAACAUUUUAUGCGAAACUAAAGACAACAAAGACAGGCCCCCGACAGAGGCGUCGACAUCCAAUGAAUCUCCCGGCGCUCAGCCGGCAAUGCGUUGUCCGGCGGCCAUAGAGUUUGGGAAAUACGAGAUCGAGACCUGGUAUUCAUCGCCAUAUCCUCAGGAAUACGUGAGACUUCAGAAAUUAUUUAUUUGCGAGUUUUGUCUCAAAUACAUGAAAAGCAGUUCAGUUCUCGAGAGACAUAAGAAAAAGUGUGAUUUAUUCCAACCGCCGGCCACUGAGAUCUAUAGAGCCAAACAUAAACUGCCAUUCGAUGACGAGAUGGUGGAGCUGUCGGUCUUUGAAGUGGACGGACUCGUGUCUAAAAUCUAUUGUCAAAACUUGUGUCUAUUGGCGAAGUUAUUCUUGGAUCACAAGACCCUCUAUUACGACGUCGAGCCCUUCCUCUUCUAUGUGCUCACUCUUAAUGAUGACAAAGGAUGUCAUUUUGUGGGCUAUUUCUCCAAAGAGAAGCACUGCGCCCAACGCUAUAACGUGUCCUGUAUUAUGACAUUACCUCAAUACCAACGGUGCGGUUACGGCAGGUUUCUCAUUGAGUUCUCGUACCUGUUGUCCCGCAAAGAAGGUUUGGCGGGAACUCCGGAGAAACCGCUCUCAGAUUUGGGCCGAAUUUCAUACCAAUCCUUCUGGAAGUCAACAAUACUUGAGUACAUUAGCGGUCGACCGAAGACGUCGAUUGAGGAGAUAUCUGCGGCAACGGGAAUGAAUGUCCACGACAUCAGUGCGACUCUAAACCACUGCAAAGUCAUCCACAAAGCCAACGGAAGUUUGUCGCUGAACAUCGGUCCUCACCUCACGAAUUGUGUGAAAAGACCGCGAAUUACCAUCGAUGAGGACUGUCUGCGAUGGACGCCAUUGAUUAUACCGCCCGGUCUUAUAAUACCCGAAGAGUUUUAUGCAAAUAUGCCGAUUGUGGAGCGCGAGGAACCGCCGGUCAACGAGAAUUUGCCUCAAAUUAUGGACUCGUAUAAGAAGAAACGGCGGCGCCGUUGGUAUAAAGCAUAUCACGGAAGGAAACGCAAGAGAGCCCGAAGUCUGAAGAAUAAAGACUCGAAAACUGAAGACGCAGAUGAAGAUCACUCGCAGAGACAUGAGUCCGAUGAUGAGGACUCGCAGUCAGCGCACGCCUCGCAAGAUGUGUCUCAAGACGAGGACGACUCGGCCACUGAAGAAGAGACCGAAGAGGAGAUCAUGCGAUCCAUUCAG